CUUGGUCAUGGCCGGCCUCCUCGUUCUUCGCGGGUCCGUAGAAACAACGACAAGCCCCUCCCCUUAUUUCGUUGGGCGUUUGUUCCGUCUUCCUCUCUCUGGCUUCGGAUUUCUGAUCCUUUUCUUAAGCAUUCGGCAGGCGCGAAGGGAUCGAAUCGGAUAGGCGCCCCCCACCCCCCGCCCCCGACUUCAUCGUCCUCCAUACACCGGCGUAACCUGGACUUGACGGAGAAUCGUGAAGAAACAUAAGACAAUAAAAAAAAAGAUAUUGUGAGCAGGGAUUGGGAAGAAAGUAGGAAGAAUAGCUCGAAAGUCUUGUUCUUUCUUGGUUUGGUCUCCUAGCUUCGACCAUAACAGAGCCAAUUCUUCGUCAUUCUUGUUCGCCUUCUAUUUAGAUCCUUUUAGGGUGGUUGUAAGUUGAUUUCUAGUUCACUCUUCCUGGUUUGGUUGUGUUUUUUGGGUUUGGGCGAGGAAAGGUGCGAUUUUUCAGGUUUGGAAUUUGGUGAUUAUUGUCUUCGUGAUUUGGGUCCGAGUCGGUUCUAAGAUCGGAGAUUCCGUUCGCGUUUUGGUUGGAUUUUGUAGAAAGAGGGAUAUAGGAUCAGAAAGUAGAUAACUUGAUCGGUAAAGGAUGUCUGGAUUUGUUGGUGUUCUCGUCUCGGAUCAAUGGCUUCAAAGCCAAUUUACUCAGGUGGAGCUUCGAGGCCUCAAGUCUAAAUUUCUGUCAACCAAAAGGGAGACGAGUCAUGUGAUGGUGGGAGACUUACCACCAUUGAUGGGAAAGCUGAAGGGUCUGAAUCAGGUGGUCACGGAACAAGAGAUUGCUGACAUCUUGGCCGAAUCCUAUCCUGAUACCACCCAUGAAUUAGACUUUGAAGCAUUCCUUCGGGUGUAUUUGGACCUUCAAGAAAAGGCAGCAACCAAAUUAGGCGGUGCUAAGAACUCAUCGUCAUUCUUGAAGGCCACUACAACCACACUCUUGCACACUAUCAAUGAAUCAGAGAAGGAGUCCUAUGUAGUACACAUCAACAACUAUCUUGGAGAAGACCCAUUUUUGAAGAAAUAUCUGCCAUUGGAUCCAACAACCAAUGAACUGUUCAAUCUUAUUACAGACGGAGUUCUUCUAUGUAAAUUGAUCAAUGUUGCGGUUCCGGGGACUAUAGAUGAGAGAGCAAUAAAUACCAAAGAAGUGCUCAAUCCAUGGGAGAGGAAUGAGAAUCACACUCUUUGCCUGAACUCUGCAAAGGCUAUUGGGUGCACUGUAGUCAAUAUUGGAACACAAGACUUAGUUGAAGCGAGGCCUCAUUUGGUGCUUGGGUUGAUAUCUCAGAUCAUAAAGAUACAACUUUUAGCAGAUCUUAACCUCAAGAAGACACCUCAACUCAUGGAGUUGGUAGAUGACAGCAAGGAUGUAGAGGAACUAAUGAGCCUAGCACCAGAAAAAAUGUUACUGAAGUGGAUGAAUUUUCAUCUCAAAAAAGCUGGCUACAAAAAACCUAUAACAAAUUUUUCUUCGGAUCUCAAGGAUGGUGAGGCCUAUGCUUACCUUCUUAAUGCCCUUGCUCCUGAGCAUUCCAGCUCAGCAACUUUGGAAAUUAAAGAUCCUGGUGAAAGAGCAAAAAGAGUAAUUGAACAAGCUGAGAAGCUGGACUGCAAAAGAUUCUUGAAUCCAAAAGACAUUGUUGAAGGCUCUCCAAAUUUGAACCUUGCAUUUGUCGCACAGAUAUUCCAGCACAGGAACGGUCUAUCUGCUGACAAUGAAAAUUUAACCUUAUCACAAAUGAUGCCUGAUGACAUCCAAGAUUCUAGGGAAGAAAGAGCUUUUCGAUUAUGGAUCAAUAGUCUUGGAAUUGUUACAUAUGUUAAUAAUUUGUUUGAGGAUGUCAGGAAUGGAUGGGUUCUUUUGGAAGUACUCGACAAAGUGUCUCCUGGAUCAGUUAACUGGAAGCAGGCUACAAAACCUCCUAUUAAGAUGCCUUUCAGGAAAGUUGAAAACUGCAACCAAGUCAUAGAGGUCGGGAAGCAGUUGAAUUUUUCACUAGUGAAUGUUGCUGGCAAUGACAUUGUGCAAGGAAACAAAAAGCUAAUUGUUGCUUAUCUGUGGCAAUUAAUGAGAUUCAAUAUUCUUCAACUCCUAAAGAACUUGAGAUUUCAUUCGCAAGGAAAAGAGAUAUCAGAUUCUGAUAUCCUCAACUGGGCCAACAAUAAAGUCAAGGACUCAGGCAGAAGUUCUCAAAUUGAGAGUUUCAAAGAUAAAAACUUGUCAAGCGGAAUUUUUUUUCUUCAACUUCUUAGUGCUGUGCAGCCAAGGGUGGUAAGCUGGAAGCUCGUUACAAAGGGUGAAACUGAUGAGGAAAAAAAGAUGAAUGCUACAUAUAUUAUCAGUGUAGCAAGAAAGCUCGGAUGUUCUGUCUUUUUGUUGCCUGAGGACAUCAUGGAGGUAAACCAGAAGAUGAUCCUGACUCUCACUGCCAGCAUCAUGUACUGGAGUCUGCAGCAACCCGCAGGAAGCUCUGAGCAGGCCGAGUCUGUAGCUGAAGCUUCAGAGGUAUCAGCUGAUGAUGCUGCAUCACAGAAUGGAGAAGACAGAAGUAGUGUUGCGGAGAGCAUGUCAAAUCUGGCCGUCGAUGAUGCUGCCUCAGACAUCACCAUCGGAGAGUGAUAUAACUUGAACACGGUGUCGAAGAAAAGGGCGCAUCUGGAGAAUUGGUUGACAGCGUGUCGUCGCGGUCUCACCCUACCAAAUAGCAGGUUGCUAAAUGGGAGGAGUAUUGUCACUCUGAUAUGGCUUUGCUUUCUUUCUCCUAGCAGCCUUUGAUGGGGUGGCAAAGAGAACAAAGUUUCAGUUUUGAAAUGCUUUUGUAGGCAUCUGCUUUUGAUGUAGUUAUUCUUUGACAAUUUGUUCAUCUUUUUCAUGAAUAAUAAAUAAUAAUAAUAAGUGGAUUUUUUAUAUA